GGGGGUGCCGGCUGCCGGCUGCCUGCCCCGGCCCUGGUCCAGAGCUCUGUUCCGCUGCGCCCGGAGCGGGCUGCCCUCGCCUCGCCGGCCUGCCGCCUCCCCCGGGCGGGCGCUUCGUCCGUCCUGUCCCCGGGGGCCGGCGGAGCUCGGCCGUGCUCGGCGGCCGGCCGUUGCGCUGCCCCGGGAAGCCGUCGCCUGGCAGGGCUGGACGUGCUCCCCCGCUGCCCCUGGGAGAGCGGCCAUAUCGCCCUUAAACUGAAAGCAGUGGUAAACAAAUGGGAAGUGGCAAAACUUUACGGAACAAGGAAUAAUAAAAAAAGAAUUAAUAGCUUCAGCCUGUGUACUUAAAUCUUCUACUUCUCUCUGAAAUAGCUAAUUAUGUUUUUAUCUCGGAAUGGGUCAGCUCGCAUAACUCUGGUGACUUUGCAGUGACUUGAAGUGGCUUGGGCCUGUUUAAACUGGAAGAUGUGGAGUGGGCUUUUGCCUCCAGGACUGAGUGAAAGUGAUGUUGACUUAAGUUCUGAUGAUGGAGAUGAAUCGCAUGGUUCCUUAUCAAAGGAAGAUGCAAAAGAAGAUAUUGAAAGGGUGCAACUUUCUGAAUUCCAGGAGAAGAGACCCGAAAGCGAUGCCAUCAGUGAAUCCACUGCGAUACCAGUGAGAGGUGGAGAAAACGAAUCUCAAACAUGCCCUUCUGGAAUUUCUGUAAAUAUGUGGAAUAAAUUUUUGGAGCUUCAGAAGAAAAACCGUGAAAUGAAAACCCAAGCAAAUCAGGGAAACAAAAGCCGAAAAAGAAAGCGCCACAGAAAAGAAAAACAGAAAAACAAAGAUGAAGUGACUAAGAGUUGUCAACAGUUGGAAAAUGAAGAUAAAUGGAAAGAACUUACACAGUACUUUGGAAUCAAUGAUAGAUUUGAAUCACCUGUAGCUAGCAGGGCUCCACAAAAGUCUGGCCUUGAACUUAGCAUAGAGAAGUCUGUGGCUGAAGGUGACAUUGAUAAGGCUGAGGAGCUGAGUGAUAGAUUAGCCAUUCGCGAGCUUGGUGUGAAAAUUGCCAAAGCUGCUGCUUGCCGCAACUUUGUUAAAGCCAAGCAAGAAGCAGAGGCUGCCCAAGAAGCUCGAAAGAAAAAGAAGCUUGCUUGGGGAUUUGAAGCCAAGAAAAGAUGGGAAACAAAGAGCAAUAUGGGAUACAUGUAAUGCAUCCUGUUUUCCUCAGGAGUCAAAUACCUGAUUUUGCCUGGAGGAUCUUUGUUAGCGGCUUCUUAAAUCUGAAUACAAAAUAAACCUCAAAACAAAACACAACAGACCAAAUUCCUUCUGUUUCUCUUCAUGCUGUUAGGUUACAAUAUUUUGUUUUGGCAUGCAUAUAAUGUAGCAAAAGUACUACGUAAACAUCAAUAUUAUGUUAAAUAUAGUAUUUUUCUCCAAAAUAUUAAAAUCUAAGAUAAUGCAUUUGGAGUCUGGUAGAGAACUUUCUGAAGUUGGAAUAAAGUACUUUGUCCAAAUGUGUUCUAUGCUGCACUGCAGUUAUGUGUGGGUAUAAGGAGAGGGAGAAGCUUUCUUCCUAAGGUUAUACAGUGCCACUUCUUGGAUUGCUUGAAAGUUUGGGAAGGCACUAAAUUAAGAAAAGCAAAACCACUCUACCUGUUUAAAAACAUUAUUAUUUAUGUAUUUAAGGGCUUAGUAAAUAUACACGGAAGAAAAAUUGGCCAAAAAAAGUCCGUCCUCCCUUUCCUGGGAGGAGCUGGUACUAUUCAUCAUGUCCUGGUGCCAUGUGCUUCAGAAUAUUUCAAAUUCCCAUUUUCCUUUCCUUCCCAAGAACUCAAGUUUUUUAAGUGUCCUGGUUUCUUUGAGCAGAUGCAGUAUAGAAAUAUGUAUCUCAAAAAAUAUCUGAAAUGUGUGAUGUUGUGCAGUUAGCUGCACCCAAGAAGCAAAUGCAGAUUUUACUCCCAAGUCAAGUGUUUUACAGAUCAAUUAGGAUUUGAAUGUUUAUGUUAUAAGAUUAUAACAAGAAUUGAUGAUGAUGUUUCUUCAAAAUUGUUCUCAGUGAAAAGUAAGGACACAUUCAGAACUAAUAACUUUUCUCCCUGAAGCUCUUGCAUGUAUGUUUAGUCACCACAAUGCCUGAAUUGAAUUGGUAAUGUAAAUGUCAGUUAUUGUUAACCAAGAUUAAUAUGUUUCAGGCCAAAGGUAUGGUAUUAGCGUAAUGGUGAUUUACUGUGUAAGUACUUGAGGCUAAAACAACUUGCCAACAAAUAGCAAUUUGAAGUUUUACGGCACCAAUUCGAAGAGUUUAGGUUUGCAGUCCAACAUGGAAUAGUGCAUUUUUGUUCAUUAGCCCUCAGGAUGUUUGAUUCUUUUUCUUUUUUAGCAGAGCAUCGUAUUUCUUUCGCAAAGAUGAGAGUUUGCAAUAUGGUAAUCUGCAGUUAGCUGUAAUUAGUUACGAUGACAGAGUUGAAUACAAUUGCCAGGAUUGUAAAUCAGGGGCUAAACAGGUUUCUGCAGUAUAACAUCAUAAAUCUCACACUACGGUUUACAAACUAUAUUAGCUUUAGAAACUUUGGUGUGGAAGGAAACAAAUGAUCUCUCUUUGUGAUUAGAAAGGUAAAUUGCAUGUUUACUUGGAUAAACAAACAGAUUACACCAUGAACCUUCAUCAAGAUUUUUCUCAGUUCCAAAUGUUCCUGUCCAAAACUUCCAGGUUCUCUGCCCAUAAUUUCUGGGGUUUUUUAAGCCGCUGGCAGAUGAGGGUUAGACACAGUUGACCUUUCUGCCUGCUACGUACUGAAAAGCAGAAUGAUGCUGAUAACUUUGUGCUGAAAACAGCAGCAGUAUUCCAUUAAAUAUUUAAAAGUAGUGUAUGUUAAACAGAUGUAUACAUUUUCUUGUAAUAGUUGCUCUUAAUAGUAACGGUAUUUAUUAGUCAAAUAAAGAUCUUUAUCUAAUUGUAAGGCUCU